AUGCGUGAGAUUAUGGGCAAUCCUAAAAACAUUAGGAACAUGUCAGUGAUUGCCCAUGUCGAUCACGGAAAGUCCACACUGACCGAUUCCUUGGUGUCAAAGGCUGGGAUCAUAGCAGCAAAAAAUGCCGGAGAUGCAAGGUUCACAGAUACCAGAGCAGACGAGCAAGAACGUUGCAUUACUAUCAAGUCGACAGGAAUAAGCAUGUACUUUGAACAUGAUUUGGAUGAUGGAAAAGGAGUUCAGCCAUUUCUGAUUAACCUCAUUGACUCGCCCGGUCACGUUGACUUUUCUAGCGAAGUGACAGCAGCAUUGAGAGUUACAGACGGAGCCCUGGUAGUUGUCGACACGAUUGAAGGUGUGUGUGUUCAGACGGAGACUGUUUUGCGCCAGGCCUUGAGUGAGCGUAUAAGGCCAGUUCUCCACGUAAACAAGGUCGACCGUGCACUUUUGGAGCUACAAAUGGGUCCGGAGGAGAUUUAUACGACUUUCCUCCACACCAUUGAGAACGUAAACGUUAUUGUGGCAACGUACAAUGACCAGUUGAUGGGAGAUGUCCAAGUUUACCCAGAAAAAGGAACAGUUUCCUUCGGUUCAGGACUUCACGGCUGGGCAUUCACAAUUGAAACUUUUGCUAAAAUAUACAAUACCAAAUUCGGAAUUAGUAAGCAAAAGAUGAUGCAUUACCUCUGGGGAGACCAUUUCUUCAGUAAAACGAAAAAGGCAUGGCUAAGCGAAGCAUCGCCAGACGCACCAGAACGAGCCUUUUGCAAUUUUAUAAUGAAGCCAAUAUGUUCAUUAUUUACCAAUAUAAUUAAUGAAGAUAAGGAUAAAUAUCUGCCACAGUUAAAGAGUAUUGGAGUAGAGUUAAAGGGUGAAGAUAAGGAGUUGACAGGAAAACAGUUGUUGAAGAGAGUAAUGCAGAUAUGGCUCCCAGCUGGUGACGUUUUGCUACAAAUGAUUGUCAGUCACUUACCAUCGCCGUUUGAGGCCCAGAAAUACAGAGUUGAGAAUUUGUAUCUGGGACCUAUGGACGACGAGGCCGCCAAUGCAAUAAGGAACUGUGACCCAGAUGGACCCCUAAUGAUGUACAUAAGUAAGAUGGUUCCUACCAGUGAUAAGGGUAGAUUUUAUGCCUUUGGCCGUGUGUUUUCAGGUACAGUAGCAACUGGCCAAAAAGUGAGAAUUCAAGGCCCAAAAUAUGUUCCAGGCGAUAAAACUGACUUACUGGUCAAGAAUGUACAGAGAACAGUGUUGAUGAUGGGAAGAUACACUGAGCAAAUCCAAGACGUGCCAUGUGGAAACACAUGCUGUUUAGUUGGAGUAGACCAGUACAUUCUCAAGAGUGGUACAAUCACGACAUUCGAAAAUGCACAUAACAUUGCAGAUAUGAAGUACUCCGUUAGUCCAGUGGUGAGAGUGGCAGUUAAACCAAAGGAUAGCAAAGAGUUGCCAAAACUGGUUGAAGGUUUAAAGAAAUUAAGUAAAAGUGAUCCACUGGUAUUAUGUACAACUGAGGAAAGUGGAGAACAUAUAAUUGCUGGAUGUGGAGAAUUGCAUGUCGAGAUUUGUCUUAAAGAUUUGAGGGAUGAGUAUGCCCAAAUCGACUUCACAGUUUCUGACCCGGUGGUAUCUUACAGGGAAACUGUGUCAUCUGAGUCCCAUAUGACCUGCUUAAGCAAAAGCCCAAACAAACAUAAUAGGCUUUAUAUGAAGGCUGAACCUUUCGCAGAAGGUUUGUCAGAAGCCAUCGAAGAUGGUGUGAUAACUAGUAGGGAUGAUGUGAAGGAGAGAGCAAAUAAGUUAGCAGAUGACUUCGGCUGGGAUAAAAAUGCAGCUCAGAAAAUUUGGUGUUUUGGACCUGAAACCACAGGACCAAAUUUGCUGGUUGACAUGACUUCUGGUGUGCAGUAUUUGUCUGAGAUCAAGGACCACUGUAACAGCGCGUUCCAGUGGGCCACAAAGGAAGGUGUACUCUGUGACGAGAAUAUGCGCGGAAUACGCUUCAACCUACUCGACGUCACAAUGCACGCAGAUGCCAUUCACAGAGGAUCAGGUCAGAUACUUCCGACCUGUCGUAGGUGCCUAUACGCAUGCCAAUUAACAGCACAACCGAAACUACAGGAACCAAUCUUCCUAGUAGAUAUCAAUUGCCCUCAAGAUGCCGUUGGAGGAGUGUAUAGUACAUUGAAUCAGAGGAGAGGUCAUGUAUUCCACGAGGAAAAUAGGUCAGGAACACCCUUGGUGGAGAUCAAGGCAUACCUACCAGUUUCUGAGAGCUUUGGGUUCACAACUGCGUUAAGGGCCUCAACUAGCGGCCAAGCCUUCCCGCAAUGUGUGUUUGACCACUGGCAACUGGUGAACGGAGACGCUCUGGAAAAAGGCUCGAAACUCAACGAAAUCAUCACACAAAUCAGAGUCAGAAAAGGCCUAAAAGAAGAAAUCCCACCACUUGAUAAUUACUACGAUAAACUCUAA